AUGGUUGACGAUCGAAAAUCGAUCGCUCGACCGGUACCAUACGUGGCGUAUUGGUGUCGUUCGUUAGCGGGGCGCUGUCUGGUGUCCGGCUGGCGCUGCGCCGUGCGGCACGUCAAUCGGAGAGGUCCGGGUCCGGUAGCGGAGGCGGGCCGCGGCGGAGCGCCCCUGGCCACGUGGGUGGCCGCCGCGUGUGGCCGCGCGCUGGGUGGCCCACUACCGCUCGCGCGUGCACACACGCUCACACGCACGGACACACGCCCGCCGCGCAAA